AUGGUGCUUCCACGAUUACCACGAAUAGCGACUCUUUUCAUCUUAAUCUUCGGCAUCUUAAUACUCGGAGCAUACCUACACUCCCCCUCAACCGCAAAUUACGCACCAUGGACAGAGACACUGAAGAACUUCACUCCUAUGUCGGAACCGAUGUUCCCUUUCGCUAUAGAUGCGGAUGUCAAAGAUUAUCAUACGUACAACGCCCGGGAGAUAGAUAGUCUGAAAGGAUGUAUGGACGGAGGAGAUUGUAGAAGGAAUCAACGGAAAGUAGUUCUUGCUUGUACCCAUGUUUGGCCAAAGGCAAUUAUUGAUGGUUGGAGAGGAGGUGAAGGAGUUUGGGCAUUAUCCAUGUUUAGAGCUAUGCGAGAACUUGGGUAUACUGUAAUACUGGGAAUGGAUGAUUGGAAGGAAACAUUAACCUAUUACCGGAUGUUCCCUGAUCAGGUGAAAGUUAUCAUACAAUCAGAUUGGGUGAAUGACUGCAUGAGAGAUCCUUUGUGUAUCAAAUCCGAAAGUAAUCCUACAGGGAUUGCAAGGUGGAAAAGUGAAUUCCAUUUCAAUUUUUUCCCCGACCCAAUGCCAGGUUUGGAUGCCCAUCUGUCAGUUGAAGCCGACCGAUAUGAGCUGGAAGAAGAAGAGGAUUAUAGGAGAUUACAAUAUAUUGGGUAUUCCAUCGAAGAAGACUGUGAAAAACAAGAUCUGAUCCCUCAUGCUGAACGCCCUAUGACGGCUUGGAUAUUGGCCAAACAAGCUGCCUAUUUUCAUGUGGGCCCUCAUUUAUACGCAUUUAACGAUACUUACUACACUUCUACUCUCAAAGAGGAAGGGCUUGAUGGAUUGUCUUUCCGCGCAGCUUACGAGAUAACGGAUAAUUAUAUGAAGAACGACGUUAUCGAACCCAUCGUAGAAGUAAUUGGAGUGACGAAUUUGGGUAUAAUUGGACCAGAUCGAUUUCGUAAUGAAGUAGCUUCUUCCCGAAUCAUGAUAGGGAUUGGUAAUCCACCUCUUUCGCCAUCACCUUAUCUAUCUCUCUGUCUGGCAACACCGUUCUUGAAUCCAAUCAGAACAUGGGAUAGUGAGCAUCCAAAUGAUAGAUCGAAAUGGGUAUCUCAACAUAAUUAUCUCAAAUGGUUGGAUCCUCCAUACGUGUACAAUGUUCGAGCACAUGAUUAUCAGGGUUUCGUUGAUGCCAUUCAUGAAGCUCUCAAUAAUCCGCCGCCAAGGUAUAUUGAUCCAUCAAUGACUCCUGAUUCUAUACGUAAGCGAGUAAAGAAAUUGGUCGACAAUGAUUGGAGGAGUAUAGCUAAGACGUACUUAGAGGAAAGAGAAGCAGAAGGGGAAAUAAUUGCUGACAUCCCUCAAGAAAUGGACCUUAUGAGUAGAGGUGCAGAAUCAAAGAUCCCAGAUACAUCUUGUAUCAUGUACCGUUUACCUAUGGAUAUAUUCCACAAAUAG